AUGCCGUCCCAUGACCGUCCACGAGCUUCCCAGCUGGCCCGGAGACUGUCCACCACCGUCCAGCUGGCCAAGCUUAGUCGAGCUAACGCUAGCUGGACGCUAGCUGGACGAGCUGAUACUAGCUGGCCUAGCUGUCCGCAGCUGCUAUCGAUUUCCUUAAAACAAACUGCCGCUCCUUUCGGAUCGCGGGACGCGGGCGUUACAGUCCACCAAGUCAAGGGCAGCAUUAGACACGACGAGGGAGAUCUCGGACAGGCACCUGAGCAGGAUGAUGAACUCCUAGAUGAGCAUAUAUCAGGAGACGACCACGAUACAGGACCGAAAACGGACUGGCGGAUCCCAAUACGCGAGUACAUCUUGAACGGAACCGUUCCCGCGGAUCGAUGGCAAGCGCGAAAGCUCAAAGCGCAAAGUGCGCGGUUCUGCAUCAUCGGCGAAGAGCUAUAUAAGCGAUGCAUUGCCGGUCCAUACCUCAGAUGCGUUCACGGGGAAGAGACCGAAAGCAUCAUGGAAGAGGCUCACGAGGGACCCUACGGAAAUCAUUCUGGAGGUCGAUCGCUAGCUCUCAGGAUAAAACAGCAAGGGUACUUCUGGCCGACCAUGCUCGCAGACUGCGACGCGCAUGGCAAAAGUUGGGACAAAUGUCAACGCCAUGCACCCAUGACCAAUCAGCCCGCCGAGCUGAGAAAAUCGGUCUCCUCCCCUUAUCUUUUCAUGCGAUGGUCGAUGGAUGCCAUCAGCUCCCUAGAGCAGUCGGGAAGACGACGCGUGAAACACCUACUGGUCGUAACUGACUAUUUUACCAAGUGGAUUGAAGCGGAAUCCUAUCAAUCAAUUACUCGGGAUCAUGUGAAAGAUUUCCUUUGGAAAAACGUGGUAUGUUUUCACUGCAUCCCUUACGAGAUCGUAACAGAUAACGGAACCAAUUUGAUUUCAUCUGUAGUGCAAAAAUUCUGCGACGACUGGGGCAUUCCGCUUACCCCGUACACACCCUGGUACCCUCAGGGGAAUGGGCAGGCCGAGGCGGCCAACAAACUAAUCAUGGAUGGUCUUAAGCGACGGUUAGGCGCCGCAAAGUCCGGCUCGGAUGCUCAGCGGCCCGGAGUCCUAUGGGCCACCCGAACUACCCCACAUGGGAGCACAGGUGAAAUCGCUUUCUCCCAAGCCUACGGGAUCGAAGCCGUCGUACCGGCAGAAAUCUCCGUAGGUAGUAUCCGCUGA